GUCGCGCACUUCCAUUUUCUCGAACCUUUUGGCCGACGGUAAGCACGUGUUUGAAUUGCCGGCCGUUCUCAGUGCAGAUUAUCGCCCCUUGUAUUUCACGUUUUUAAUAAUACGAAGUAAAUAAGUAAGCAACUGUGACCGUGACUGAGUUAUCAAGGAAGUGAUAACUCGCAAGGGAAGCCAAAAUGAACCCGGAGAAGCUUAAGAAGCUCCAAGCCCAAGUGCGGAUUGGAGGCAAGGGUACACCUCGCCGCAAGAAGAAGGUUGUUCACGCGACUGCAGCAACUGAUGACAAAAAGCUACAAAGCUCCCUGAAAAAGUUGUCGGUAAACACGAUUCCCGGCAUCGAAGAAGUGAACAUGAUUAAGGAUGACGGAACUGUCAUCCAUUUCAACAAUCCUAAAGCACAAGCAAGUCUUUCGGCGAAUACUUUUGCCAUAACUGGUCAUGGAGAGAACAAACAGAUCACCGAAAUGUUACCUGGUAUAUUGAGUCAGUUGGGACCAGAGGGAUUGACUCAACUCAAACGAUUGGCUAGCUCUGUCGCUGGAAGUGCCGUUGGCAAAGCUGCACUCGAAGAAGACGACGAGGUUCCAGACUUGGUUGAAAACUUUGACGAAGCGAGCAAUGAGGAGGUUGCACCAAAGAAGGAGACCGAGGAAAAGCCAGCUGAAAAGCCUGUUGAGAAACCAGUUGAAAAGCCCGAAGAGAAGAAAGAAACCCCAGCCCCUGUACCAGAGGAAAAAAAAGAUGCGCCAUUAGCAAAACCUGAAGCUUAAUAACUGUGGAGCUGAACCACAGGAAGCAGUUUUAACAGUUGAGUUGUGAGGCAUGCUCAACCUUUACACAACAUAUAAUACACACUGACAUACACCAUGAUACAUUUAUAUAAGUAUAACGAACGAGGAAAAAAAAAUCUUAAAACAGUUGGAAAGUCAGAAGAUUUGAAGUGAUACUGUAUUUUACUCAUUGUUUCAUCCGAAAUAAAUGCUGCUUCAAAUCGA